AGCAACACAAGUAGCAGCACCCUCAAAGCAUCCUACCUCUCACUUGAACACCAAAAUGAAGACACAACAACAAUCUCUUAUCUCAGCCUCAAUUCUACUGGCUCUAACACUCACCUUCUUCCACAUCACUGCAGCUCAACUCUCACCAGUUCAAGCCCCAGUUUCAUCACCACCACGACCACAACAACAAGCACCAGCGUUCUCACCACCCUCUCCUCCAGCCAUUGCUCCAUCACCAGGGUUCAACACAGUGCCCUUAGUACCCGUGACACCAAGUGGGGCCCCCACUCCCACAGUCCCAAAAGCACCCUCCAUUGACAUAGUCCAAAUCCUUCGAAAAGCAAAGAGAUUCUCCGUCCUCAUAAGGCUCCUCAAAACCACACAACUCAUAAACCAACUCAACUCACAGCUUCUAACCUCAGGCUCAGGAGGGUUAACCCUCUUCGCCCCAGAGGACUCUGCCUUCUCAAAACUCAAAGCUGGAUUCUUAAACUCCCUCAGCGACAGACAAAAAGUGGAACUUCUUCAGUUCCACACCCUCUCCUCCUUCAUUUCCAUUUCAAACUUCGACACCCUCACCAACCCCGUUCAGACUCAGGCCGGCGACGACCCCCUCCGCCUCCAGCUCAACGUCACAACCGUCAGCGGCAGCCAGGUCAGCAUGGCCACCGGCGCCGUCAACGCCUCCGUCACCGGCACCGUCUACACCGACAACAAGCUCGCCGUGUACCAGGUCGACAAGGUGCUUCUACCUCUUGACCUAGUGCUUCCGGCUAAGGCACCGGCACCGGCGCCGGCCAAGGCUAAAGGGGCAUCGCCUAAGACUGAUAAGACGAAGGGUGGCGGUGAUGAUGGCGCCGGCGGUGGUGAUAGUGACAGUGGUGAUAACAAGGACUUGCCAGCUGAAGCUUCUUCUGCGGGCUCCGUGAGGUUGGAGGGAAUGUGGGUUGCGAUAGUUCUUGGGGUGGCUUUCAUGGUGUGAUUGUGAUAUGGAGCGGGUAUUUCGAUUCUUCUGUUUGCGGUUUUGUGAUUUAUGAGUCAUGAGUCAUCUCCAUCGUUAUGUUUGCUGUUUGUUUGCAUGUAGCAUUCAAUUUCACUAAAACGUAUAUACGCUGGAUUUCUUUCCCUUUUCUUA